UCCGUUUAAUGCCUCCGUUCAUCUGCCUCUCUUCUGUCACCGUCAAACGACCUUUUCUCUUCAAACCAUAUGCAGCUGCCUUCUUUCGCAUUGCAGCUAUUCCACAUCGAUCGAGCUGCUCUGCCGGCUGCUCUCCCUCUCAUAAUGCCGGCUGAUUGCUCAAACUAUGACAUGAUCACCACCCACUUCUCUCGUUCGUACAACCCAAACAAGCUAUUGAAUCCAGGGUUUCUCUCCCCUGCGAUUGUCAUCUAUUUUCUGUUCCUACGUAGGAUGGCUCAACCGUACGAUAAAAGUGGUGCACUGGGUAAGAAGACACUCUUAUCUAAAAAAGACUUGGAGAGGAUGGUUAGUAGUCCUGAAGGUGAAAUUCUGGAUUGAGCAUUCUCUGCAUUUUAGUUUCUGCAAGCUCUUUUUUCCUCUUUCCCUCCUUUCUUUGUCUUUCAUAUUUGUUGUCACACAAUGAUUGAUGACUAGCGAUGACUGGAGAUGAAUAGAUUCUGUUCUAAACUUUCAGCCUGAUCAGUUGUGUGCAAUGAUAUCAUCCUAACUUACAAUGACCUCUGCUAAUGUCAUUUGGAAUGAUAAGUUUUCUUAGCCAAUAGUUUGACGCUGCAUUGCUUUCUUCA